UGCUAUUAUAGUCAAAUCCUUCUUACUCCCUUACAGGUAAGCACAGACACCUCCAGCUUGCGAAGGGCAGAUCUGAAAGGCCGGAGUGCGCUGUUGGCUGAUAUCCAGCAAGGAACUCGUCUGCGCAAAGUCACGCAGAUCAACGACCGCAGCGCCCCGCAGAUCGAGAGUUCUAAAGGAACCAACAAAGAAGGAGGAGGUUCUGCAACCACACGAGGUGCGAGCACACCUCCCACCCUGGGAGAUCUGUUUGCUGGUGGCUUUCCUGUAUUGCGACCAGCAGGCCAGCGGGAUGUAGCAGGUGGCAAGACAGGGCAGGGCCCUGGCUCCCGCGCGCCCUCUCCCAGGCUUCCCAACAAAACCAUCAGCGGCCCGCUUAUCCCGCCUGCCUCUCCCAGGCUAGGCAAUACCUCCGAGGCGCAUGGCGCUGCCAGAACAGCCCCGCCUCGCCCCAACGUGCCUGCCCCGCCCCCUCCCACCGCACCCCCUCCGCCGCCACCCUUACCCCCGCCCCUUCCCUCUUCCUCCCCCAUCAAAACUCCGCUUGUGUCCCCACCUGGCCCACUGACCAAAGGGAACCUCCCGGUGGUUGCACCCCCUGUCCCCUGUGCGCCACCACCUCCACCUCCGCCACCUCCCCCAACGCCAUCCCCGCUGCCCCCGGCCUCGGUUCUUAGUGACAAGGCAGUGAAACCUCAGCUAGCUCCCUUGCACCUCCCGCCCAUCCCGCCCCCGCUCCCUCUCCUCCCACCUUUCGGGUAUCCUGGGCUCAAAGCGGAGCCCGCCAGCCCUGCGCAAGAUGUGCAGGAGCCUCCAGCCCCGCCACCCCCGCCGCCCCCGCUCCCCACUUAUGCUUCGUGCUCCCCGAGGGCUUCUUUGCCCGCGCCCCCUUUGCCAGGAGCUAAUAACAGCAGUGAAGCCCCACCCCCGCUACCCCCCAAAUCCCCCAGCUUCCAGGCCCCACUGCAGAAGGUCAGUGCGCAGGCCUUGCCCGCCCCGCCUGCCCCUCCGGGCUCGCAGACGUUCCUGCAGAAGAAGAGGCACGGCCGACCAGGGGCCGGUGGGGGAAAGCUAAAUCCACCUCCAGCACCCCCUGCGAGAUCACCCACCACAGAGCUUUCAAGCAAGAGCCAGCAGGUCACAGCCUGGACCCCGACGCAGCAGCCUGGAGGUCAGCUGCGAAAUGGAAGCCUGCACAUCAUCGAUGACUUUGAGUCUAAAUUCACGUUCCAUUCUGUGGAAGACUUUCCCCCUCCGGAUGAAUAUAAACCAUGCCAGAAGAUUUACCCCAGCAAGAUCCCCAGAAGCCGGACACCUGGUCCCUGGCUCCAAGCAGAGGCAGUCGGGCAGAGCUCUGAUGACAUCAAAGGCAGAAAUUCUCAGUUAUCUCUGAAGACUCUUCGGUGAGAAGACAGAUGAAGCCAAGGUCCUGGGGUUCCAGGUUGCAGAACAUGUCAGACCCCGCCCACUCCAUGCUCAAGCUGUAAUUCAGUUGGCAUACAGGCUUGGAAUUGAGAAUUUAUUUAUUGUAAAUACGUGGUUUGCACGGGCUUUAAAGCAGUAUUUUAAUGGACUUUUAUUUCAGUAAUAUUUUUUAAAACACCCCUCAUUUUUCCGUUUUUUUACACUGCAUCUUGGCAUUUGUCUGUCAGCUCAGAUAGAGCCCUGUCCCUCCACCUAGUGCCCACUCCAUGACUGUGAAUACGCUUGCAGGCUGGCCCUUCCUAGAUUCUGAACCGUUUGUAGAGAGUCCUUCGUUUGCAGGUAGCCCCAAAGUUAUAAAUAUCCACAACGGCUUCUUAUUGGCAUGAUUUUAUAUUCUCAUCACACUAACUGCAAAAUCAAACCAAACAAUGCCUUAUCAAUGACGCAGCUCAGAGGAAAUAGUGUGUUCCCCACACCCAGACAGUGCCGCGCAGCCUCCAGGGAACGAGAUGCCAUGUCUCGCUUUCAUUUUGCAGUACAGGGAUUUUUUUUUUUUUCUGCUUAAUGUAAAUAUAUCACAAAGUAAAGGCAAGAGUGGGCUUGGCCCCUCAGAUGCCGACCACAGGGCCCCUUUUGUAACUGAAUAAUCCUCCAAGUAGCCAAUGCUCCUACUGUUUACAGUGUCCCUAGUGCCCAAGUCUCCGUCACUUUCCUUCUGUUCCCUCCAAGUUCCCAGUCCCAUCCCGGUAGCCAGCUUUACGAGAUUUUGCUAUUUCUUCCCUGCAGAUUAAAAACAUACACAACUCAUCAUUAUGCUAAACUACCCAUUGUAUCUCAGAGGUCUCCCCUUCUGCCCUGGCUUCAAGUGUGGACUUCAUGGAAAAUAUGACAUGAAAAAGUGUAGAAUGAAACAUCAUGUGAAAUACCUGC